AUGAAGUCCGUCCUCGUUGUCGCUCUCCUCUUCAUGUUGCUCGGCCUUCAUGGCGCCCUUGCCUGCAGCGAGGUCUCUUCCUCGGGACUCAAGUUCUGCUUCAAGGAUCUGCCCAGCAGCAACUUCAACAACCACAACUCGAGCCUCACCAACAUCCUGACGAUCUUCGACUCCGUCUUCUCUGCUACGUGGCCGUCGGUCGAGUCCGCGGUGGCCACCGCCGCAGCCAAGCACGGCUUCAGCGUGUGCCAGGACUGCCUCACCGCGCUCAAGCACAUGACCUGCUCCGCCUACGUGCCCGGCUGCCAGUUCGGCGCCUGCCUCGUCAACGUGUCGAGCCAGCUCGUCUCGGCCUACUACACCUGCGCCGGCGUCUCCCCGAGCGACGCCGCGGCCUGCGGCCGUGACGGCCUCGGCUCCGCCGCCUGCAACCGCUUCCUCGCCCAAAUCUACCAGAGCGCCGGCAACUCCUACGAAUUGGCCGCCUGCAUGAGCCGCAAGCAGGCCGAGAUCUUGAACAACAACGCGUGCUUCAGGGCGCAGAUCAUGGGCCGGGCCAUGUGCGAGAGCUUCGUCGACGUGUGCCUGUGCACGCCCGACCAAACGGUCAAGGACGACAUCUGCCAGUACUUCCCCGCCGAGGGCUACGACAUCGACCUGCCGGCGGGCCUCACCUGCGAGGCCACCAAGGGCUGGUGCGGCGCCGCCAACAAGAAGCGCGCGGUGGGCGACAACCAGGCCAACCAGGCCUGUCCCAACGACCACCUGUGCCUGUCCGUGCCCCAGAGCAACAACUACCCGGCCUACGGCGCGUCCGUGCAGACCUCGGCCGCCGCCGCGCCCACCUCUUUCCUGCUCGCCGCCAUCUCUGCCCUCUUCUUCUGA